AUGGAUAAUUACAUUCAAAUCACUAAGCUACCGACUUUACAAGAACUCCAACAUGAGGACAGAGAACCUAAUGUAGUUAAAGUGCUGGCUAAGUCUGUUGCAUUACAACUGAAACCAAUGAAUGCACAAAUUACUCAAUUUGCAUUCGAUAGGUUAUUACAAUUAGUUGACGGUCAAUUAAAUGAUAUGAUUUCACAAUUACAUCGAAUGAGUAAUUUACAGAGACGUGAAACAAUUGCCAAGGGCGAUAUUUCUAUGUUAAUGGAAGGUUUCAAUAUUUCACCUUCUUCAAUCGAAUUACAAAGUCGAAUCUCAGAAUUCUAUUCUCAAAAGUAUUUUAAAGAAUUUAAUCAUUUACAUUCUUUACGAGACUUACAGUCAUCAUUGGCUCAUGAAAUGGUACCGUUUGAAGACCAAGAAGCGGUUAGACAAAAUGUUUCUACAGUUUUAGUACCGCCAACAAAUCCACUACAAGAUUUUCUACCCAAAUGGUUACCUGAUUUUCCACCAGAUCAUACCUAUAAAUUUACUCCUCAAUACAGUCAUCCUAUAACCGACGAAACAACAAUUAGAAGGCAAAUUGUUGAAGAAGCUAAGCAAUCGGAAUUAGCGUUAUCACACCUUUCACAGAAGAAAAAUCCAACCGAUGAUAUUGUUAAUCGGUCUCAAUACGACUCAGAGUUGGCUGAACAAGAAACUUUGGCAAUCUACGGAUCACAACUCAAGAAAAGGAAAACUCAACACCCACAGGCAAAUUCAGCAGAUCUUUUGUCCAAACUUCCGCAGACAAACUUUAGCGUGGAAGAAUAUGCCCAUAAUAGAAUCGAGGUGGCCAGAAAGAAGGUACUUGAAUUUGAAGAGAGACAAUUACAAUCACAACAAGAUCCCUUCCUAAAACUUUCACGAAUAGCGUUUACACAGUGUAAUGAUAAAUUUACGAAAAAACAGGUUCAUAGAGAAUUCCAAUUGGCAUUACAAAGAUCAUUUAUCCAUCUGGUUAAAAGUAUACCAGAGUUAGAACGAAAUAAAUUGGAGACUGAAGAAAAAGCCAAAGAAGAGAGAAGUAAAAGGCUACAGGAAUUGAGAGCUCAAAGAGAGGAACAGGAGAAGAAAGGGGAAAGAGAUGUGCUAGAUUUGGAUGAACUGGAUCAAAAUCAGGAAGAUUUCUUUGCCAUGGAAAGCAGCGAUGAAGAAGUUAUGGAGCCAACGGUAGAUAAACCACCGCUAGAGCAACCGCAACAAACAGAAACGGCACAGAAUGAACCACAGCAACCAGAACUUAUACAAGAACAUGUCCAAGAGAAAUCACAGCACGAACAAGAACAAGAACAAGAACAAGUACAAGAACCAGAGCGUAUAGGGGAAGAAAUUCAGCCAGCGACCCAGGAAAUCGCAGAUUUACCUCCACAAGAACCCCAAGGAGAACCCUUGCAAGGCCGCCCACAGGAGGAAGAUAUUUCUAUUGAAUUAUCAUCUAACCCAUCAGAAGAUGAAGAUCUAAAUAACUCUACAUAUCCUGUAUAA